ACCCCAGCGCCGGACUGCCAAACUGCUGUCAGCUGUGGAAGGACCCCUUCACUGCACUGCAAGACGAGCAGACACACGCAACGUCCAACCCGGAAGGCAGCAUGAACCGCUUUAAGAUCUCCAAAUUCAAAAACACCACUCCGAAAAUCGCCAAGAAGGAUGAAUGGAUCAAUAAUGUCCGUGCUGGAUCUUUUGCCUGCCAGGGGAACCACAUCAAGGCCAGCUCCAAGUUGGUGGCCUUUAACACCGAGCAGGCCGGGGGCGCCAUACUGGGCCUGUCAUCAGUGAAGCCUGCAGCAGAUGGCCAAUGGACGGUCACUAACAUCCCCUGUCAUUCCGAUUUGGUCACCGACUUGGACUUUUCUCCUUUCGACGAGUGUCUCCUGGCAACGUGCUCCGCGGAUAAAACGGUGAAGCUGUGGCGUUUAUGCAAUCCAGACCUGGAGCAGCCCACAGACCCGGAGCUCAUCCUCCAUCCCGGCCAGGGCAGGCUGGAGCUGGUGCUUUUCCACCCGACCUCUUCGGGUUUGCUGGCCGUUGGUUCCACCAAGGGUGCGCUUCUUUGGGACACAAACCGCCAGGAGGCUCCUUUAGCUGUUCUGGAGGAGCACGCUGACCAGCUGCAGAGUCUGAGCUGGAAACCGGACGGUUCCCUGCUGGCUUCCACAUGCAAGGACAAGAUGCUGCGAGUGUUUGACCCUAGGGCCCAGCUGAAACCAGUUCAGAGCGCCACCUGCCUUCAGAACAACAAAGAUUCCCGCACCUUGUGGGCCAAAGAUGACCUCCUGUUUACCACCGGCUUUGAUAGGAUGCGUAGCGGAGAGGUGAAGCUCUGGGACAGCAGGAAGUUGUCUUCUUCAUUGAGCUCCGUUACCAUUGGCCCAUCCAGUGGGACACUGAUUCCUCUCUUUGAUGGCGAUACUGGUCUGCUGGUGCUGGCUGCCAUGGGCUACACUGCGGCUGAUUGUUUCGAAGUAUCCACCUCGGAGCCCUUCCUCACUCAAGUAAGCCACUGUCUGACCGACUCGUCAACACGCGGCGUCGCCACGGUACCCAAGCUGGCGUUGGACGUCAUGUCUUGCGAAGUGAUGCGUGUGCUCCAGCUGACGGACAACUGCAUCAUACCCAUCAGCUAUCAAGUCCCUCGCAAGAGUUCAGGCCACGACUUCCACGCUGACCUUUACCCUGACACGGCGGGUGUGACCCCGGCAAUGACCGCUGAGGAGUGGUGGGAGGGAGGAAACAAGCAGGUGCAAAGAGUCAGCCUCCAUCCAGACAAACAGCCCAAAGCCAAGGCGACGGCAGCCAAUCAGAAGCCUGCAAAGAAGGACCUCAUCAGUGGGGACACCAAGGAGGGGACUCGUGGUUGUUCCACCUCUAGCAGUCCUCUGAGCUCCCCCAGCACCAGUGCCGCCGCAUCCCGCUCGCCGUCCUCCACCUCGGGCCUCUCCUCUGGCUUCCUCCCCUCACCAAGUCCCAGCCAGGGGGCCAAAGCUAUCCAGAACUUUCUGGGACUCAGCUCCAAGUUCCGUCACAUCCAGGGUGCAGUGGCACAUCGGGACACGCACAUCACCAACAUACGAGACCUCAACCUGACCACGCCGGGCGAGUGCGACGGCUUCUGUGUCAACCGCCAGCGCGCUGCUGUGCCCCUCGGCAUAUCCGGUGGACAGGUCGCCAUCUUCGAGCGCAAUCAGCCCGGAAAACUGCCCGACUCGUCCCUGCCCACCGUCCAGAACUCCGUCAACGUGGUCGACCUUUGCUGGGACCCUUUUGACGUGGACCGACUCGCCGUGGCUGGUGACGAUGCAAAGAUCCGAGUGUGGAAAAUACCACCCGGCGGCCUCAAAGAGACGCUGACCGAGCCCGAGCUCAUCUUGCAAGGUCACACGGAGAAAAUCUACUCCAUCAAGUUCCACCCUUUGGCCAGUGGCCUGCUGGUGUCUUCAUCCUAUGACCUCACCCUCAGACUGUGGAACAUGGAGGAUGGGGAGCAGGUGAAGCUCCUCACUGGACACCAGGAUCAGGUGUUCUGCAUGGCUUGGAGCCUGAAUGGCAAGCUGCUGGCGACCGUGUGCAAAGAUGGAAAAAUUCGCAUCUACGACCCCCGCAAGUCCACUGCACCCGUGCAGGAGGCUCCAGGUCCCGAGGGCCACAGAGGAGCUCGUGUGGUGUGGGUGUGUCAGGGCAAGUACCUGCUGGUGUCUGGAUUUGACAGCUGCAGUGAGAGAGUCCUCUACUUGUACUCCGCCGUCUCCUUGUCCUCUGGAGUGGUGGCAAGCGUCUCCUUAGACGUCUCCCCCUCAACGCUGAUCCCUUUUUACGACCCCGACACCAGUGUGGUCCUCCUCACUGGGAAAGGGGACACCAGGGUGGUGAUCUAUGAGGUCCUGCCUGAAGAGCCUUACUUCCUGGAGUGCUGCAGUUUUAACAGUCCUGAGCCGCAUAAGGGCUUGGCCUUCCUGCAAAAGUCUGAGUGCAACGUGCGUGAAGUGGAGAUAGCUGCAGCGCUGAUGCUGACCAAGACCUCCUUGGAGCCUGUGGUCUUCAAGGUGCCACGGGUCAAGAAAGAGUUUUUCCAGGAUGAUGUGUACCCAGACACGUCCGUGUGCUGGGAACCGGCACUGACCGCCUCGGCCUGGCUGGGCAACAUUGACGCAAAGCACAAAAAGAUCAGCCUCAGGCCUGCCGACAUGACGCCCGUGAGCGAAGCCCCCAAAGAGACCCCAGUGAGGAAGUACAUGCCCUCUUCUUUCUACCUGGAGGAGAAGACUGAUGAACAGAAGAAAGAGGAGCUCCUGGUUGCCAUGGUCGCCAAGCUGGGAAACAUGGACGACCCGCUACCGCAGGAGUCCUUCGAGGGGGUCGAUGAGGACGAGUGGGAUGAUUAAAAGUGAAGAGGGGCCCCAAUGUAAAGUCGUGUACGUGCUAACACCCACACACUGUAUCACUCCAAGGAAUCUGCACCAUUCAAAAUGGUCAUUGAAUCUCUCUGCUGUCUUUAUAUAAACCUUAUGGAUUGUUCACGUCUUAAAUGUGCAACAAAACAUUCAGGGAUAAAAAACAAAAACAACAACAAUAACUUCUUUGAAAUGUGCGGGUGCCACAUCAUUAGGUACACAAUCCAAGAUGUUUACUAUUCCGGAUGUGUCUUUAUUGUUAUACUGCUUGCUUUUUUCCUAACACUCUUAUUAUGUAAGCACAAUAUAUGAAACAUGUUUUUAUGUCAAGGAUACAACAGGGUUCAUAUUUGGCUGAACUGGAAUUUUUUUUUUUAUCGAAGGUAUUUCAAUUCUAUUGCUGUUGUAUUUGUACCAUUUAUAUAUUUUCUACAUUGGGGGAUCUUCAUUAACUGUAGUUUGGCUCGAGAGGACCUUUUUAACGGGACCACUUCUUUACUCAACAUUUAGUGUACUUUCUUUGUGGGAUCUUUUUUACAUGGGUGUUUCUUGAUAUGCAACCACACGGUAAAAUGACAGUGUUAGUACGAAACCCAAAACCAGUGAAUCGUGAAUAAAAACAGAAUGUAAUGAUUAGUAAAUCCUUUUCAACUUAUAUUCAAUUGAAUAGACUGCAAAGACAAGAUAUUUUUUUUCUGUAAAUAAUCAUUAACUUAGAAUUAAUGGCAGCAACACAUUGCAAAAAAGUUGGCACAGGGGCAUUUUUACCACUGUGUUACAUGGCCUUUCCUUUUAACAACACUCAGUAAACGUUUGGGAACUGAGGAGACCAAUUUUAGAAGCUUCUCAGGUGGAAUUAUUUCCCAUUCUUGCUUGAUGUACAGCUUAAGUUGUUCAACAGUCCGGGGGUCUCCGUUGUGGUAUUUUAGGCUUCAUAAUGCGCCACACAUUUUCAAUGGGAGACAGGUCUGGACUACAGGCAGGCCAGUCUAGUACCCGCACUCUUUUACUAUGAAGCCACGCCGUUGUAACACGUGCAGAAUGUGGCUUGGUAUUGUCUUGCUGAAAUAAGCAGGGGCGUCCAUGAUAACGUUGCUUGUAUGUAACCUGUAUGUACCUUUCAGCAUUAAUGGUGCCUUCACAGAUGUGUAAGUUACCCAUGCCUUGGGCACUAAUACACCCCCAUACCAUCACAGAUGCUGGCUUUUGAACUUUGCGCCUACAACAAUCCGGAUGGUUCUUUUCCUCUUUGGUCCAGAAAACACGACGUCCACAGUUUCCAAAAACAAUUUGAAAUGUGGACUUGUCAGACCACAGAACACUUUUCCACUUUGCAUCAGUCCAUCUUAGUUGAGCUCGGGCCAAGCGAAGCGUUUCUGGGUGUUGUUGAUAAAUGGCUUUUGGAAUGUGGACUCGUCAUCCUUGUUUGUGAAUGACUGAGCAUUUCAUGGAAGCUGCUUUUAUACCCAAUCAUGGCACCCACCUGUUCCCAAUCAGCCUGUUCACCUGUGGGGUGUUCCAAAUAAGUGUUUGCUCAACUUUCUCAGUCUUUUUUGGCCACUUGUGCCAGCUUUUUUUGAAACAUGUUGCAGGCGUCAAAUUCCAAAUGAGCUAGUAUUUGCAAAAAAAUAACAACGUUUCUCAUUUCGAACGUUAAAUAUCUUGUCUUUGCAGUCUAUUCAAUUGAAUGUAGGUUGAAAAGGAUUUGCAAAUCAUUGUAUUCUGUUUUUAUUUACCAUUUACACAACGUGCCAACUGCACUGGUUUGGGGUUUUGUAAAAUACAAUGAAGCCAUGACAAAUUACGCAUCUUAUAACCUCUGAUGGACUGAAUUAAAGCCAGCUGUUCAGUCAUAUGCAUGUGAACUGCAGGUGUCCUCGGUGUUUGUGCAAUGAUUUUGCUGUAAGGUUCAAUGUAUUUACUUGUGCUACCCAAAUGCCACACUUAAUCAUGUAUGGAUAUUAACAGGAAAAUAUGAAUAGGUGUAAGAUAUGUUUUUUCCUACAUUGACUUACAUUAAACACAUUUUGACCAAUUUUA